CCUCGAAAGAGAUGGAAGGUGACGUCACCAGACCCCAGCAUUGUGGGAUCUCUUUUCUAAUAUGGUCAACUGCAAAGAAAACCAUACGCCGUUUAAUUCUGGGAUUUUCGACCCACCCUACUAAUUAUCUCUUUUCAUUUCAAGCGUGACACUAUGCCUGAGUCAGGCAAAGACUUGCGCUUUAGGUUCAUCACUGAUUCAUGAACUUGUACGAAUUUCAAAAGAAUGACAGCACGUCGUCCUACUUUUGUGCAAAGGCUAGUACUAAUAGAGUACUCCAAAGAAGAUCUUGCCCGGAAGAAGAAGAACAAAAACGGAAGUAAGAAAUUGCAGUUUCUAUGAGAAAUAUACGCUGCAGACCCUCAUGCGCAGCGUACAUUUCUCAUAGAAACUGCAAUUUCUUACUUCCGUUUUUGUUCUUCUUCUUCCGGGCAAGAGCUUCUCUGGAGUACUCUAUUGGUACCUUGAGUUGAUCACACGGCAAAAACGGUACCUGGUUUUCCUAGGUCGCCUCUAGUAAAGACAGGCGAUAUCCUAGGGACUUCCCGGGGAAACCAAUAAUUGUUUUUGCAGUGCAGCACAAAGAACUGACGUCUGGUACAAAAUUUGACGCGAAACAAAAAGUUUGCGGGGAGAAAUGGAGAACCCUUGCAAAAUGGAAAAUAUAUGGGCACUAUGUGGACAAAAUAUAUGGCCCAACAUGUAUUGACGACAUAUGUGGAAAAGAUAAUUUAGCAAGAUACUUUUCCGAUAUAAAAAAUAUGUGGCAAAUAUAUAAAUUUCAUACAUUGCUCUAUAUGUAGGCAAUUUAUAGUGUGAAUACACCAUGGAGUCCGACGACUCAGAGACUUCCUUUACUAUUAUCAAAGGAUGUAACCUCGCCAUGCGAGGUCAUCCAAUCGUGAUCUUACCGUGGUCGCUUAGACGAACUUUUCGCGCUACACUCAAAAAAGACGUUUAAAAUUUCCUAACUGUUCCAGUGAACUUGUUAAACAGGAUUUCUCAAAAUUUCUUGGAGACUUAAAUGGAGUAUUUUGUGAUUCUUCUUGUUCUUCACUCAGCCACGACUAGAAUGGUCUAUCGCGAAGCCGCGCGGUGCCCCAGAGCGAAGUGUCAUCCUCCCAUCGCUCAGCCAAGACGUUUGAUAAGUUGCCCGUCAGGAGGUGAAAUUUUCGACGUGUCCUAAUAGAAUAAUCCUAACUGUCAAAGCAGAUCCAAGACAAUCCUUACUACCAGAGCUGACCCAAGACAAUCCUAACUGUCAGUGCAGAUUAAAAACUAUCCUAACUACAGAGGUAGAAGUGUUCACGAAGUAUCUUCACUGCAAAUCAGAGAAUCGCGAUAUAUCUGAAAUACAUUUUCCACGUAUUUAUAUAAGGAUGAAACUUUGUAACAAGCCCUCCGGCGAGUAAUUUCAUGAAGUAUGUUGCCGUCACGGACUUUGAGAAAACACCGCUUUUCACGUUAUGCGCAGUUAGGAUGGUACUGAAUUGAGACGAAAAGUUAGGAUUGUCUUGGAUCUACCCUGGCAGUUAGGAUUAUUUUAUUAGGACGCGUCGAAAUAUUUGGACCGACAGUAGUUCGACGCCAUACUCACCCGGCGUAAAUUGUCUCCUUGAAGGGACAGUGGCGGUGGAUGAUGGGGGCGAUGUGUUUGGACGACAGGACGUCCAUUUCGUGCAGACGGCAUGCCUGCCCUUCGUUGAGGUUCAGUGUACUCUUGUACACAGUCUCCUACGAGUGCAAAACGUUAGCACUGCAAGCAGUGGUGUGGUCUAGACCGCGUGCCGUGGUGGUCUCCUUUUGCACGGUAAAAACAGAACGUGGUUUUCCCAGGAAGCCAAUGGUGAAGGCAUACACUGUUAGAAAUUUUGUCGUAAUUUAACGACAAAUUUGUCGCUAAUUUUUUUUCUAACACGAGUUGUUUAUAAACGACAUGAUUUGUUUAAAAACAACAAAUCGUAACCAAAAAGUUGUUUGUGAACGACAAAUUUGUUUGGAAACAAUAAAUGAUUAACGACUUCAUCAUCAAUAAAAAAGCUCGUUUAAAAACGAGAUCCCUGUUUUAAAAUGACAAACUCGUUCACUAACGACAGAAUUGAGCAGAUCAAAAAUUACAUGAAAAAAAAUUUUAGUUCACUCAAAACAAAAAAAAAUUCCUUUAAAAAAGAAUCUGAAAUCUGCUGAAACAUGUUCCAGGUACUCCACUGUCCAUGCCCAGUUGCUUUGGCCCGAGUGGUAUUGUUUCCCUACCGCUGACUGCGCACUGCUUGAAGCCAACUGACCUGCUAUGUCGCUGAUGAAGAGCUUGCUGCUGCACUCUGGAAGAGUGCAUCCUGCCUUAGCUGAGCAUGUUCUGCUUUGCUUUCUGCAUGAUGUCUCCACAAGAUGCCCUCACUCUGCACUGCUUUGAUUGUACCACACAUAACCCUCCUGUCUUGUCUGCUGACCAUGACGAAGUUGUCACAACCUACUCACAAGUGGCCGUUCAAUUAAUUCAGAGAUCGGGUUACCAAUCACAAAGUUUUAUCUUCCUUAAGGUGGAAAGGUUGAAGGAAAUACAUGGAACAGUCGAGCCACAUUACAGCAAAGCUCCAAUGGAUCCGCUUCACUCUUCAAUCGUAACAUCAUCCGCUCUUCUGCUCAUACUGCAAGUGGGAGAACUAAUAGGUGUUGGACUUCACAGUGGCUACGCCAAGCAACGGAUCAAGAUGCAAGAGGUUGUGACCGUGAUGAUGACAGUGCUGCUCCAGCAGGCAUAAACUAAAAAUGGGAGGCACUUUUUAAUACUGGCACCUCAGUUCAAGAAUUAAUUAACACUUGACAGUCAAUCCUUCUUUUUAACAAUGCUGCUAAUUUGAAUGGUAACGUGAAGUUGUUUUGUGUUCCUGUUUUAAAAGACUUUUUAAUUGAAUGUUAGCAGUUUGUAAUGUAAUUCAACAGAUAGGUUUAAUAUUUUUAGGCACGAAGUAGCCUUAUAGUAUACCCAGGAUUCAGCCGGCCCGAGAUUCAAUUUGUGUGGCCCUUUAUGCAUUUCGGAAAUUUUCUAUACGAUUUUA